UACAUAUAUGUGUGUAUAUAUAUUAUAUUCAAAUAGAAACAAUUCCUGGAAAUUUCGGAUUUAGUGUAUCGCUAUAUGUAAAUGGUGCUUUCCAGGAGGGUGUUAAGGUAUUAUCUAUCACUUGUUCGCUUGCCGUAAGGAGAUUUGGAUGCCUUGUUUGUUUCUCGGGAAAAUAUUUUCCAGCGAGAAAAAGAAAAAAGAGACAGAGGAAAAGAUGAGUGGCGGUGGUAACAGAAACGACGCUUUGGAGACUAUUAGUGCUGCUGCUUCUGCUAUUGCUUCCGCCGAUGAUCGUGUUCCUCAAGCUACGACUACUCCGAAGCGGAGAUGGUGGAGCAGAUGGAGUGUGUUUCUGUGUUUCGGAUCUUCGAAACACGGGAAACGAAUAGGGCACUCUGUUCUUGUUCCCGAACCGACGGCUCCAACGGCCAAUCCACCGGCUCCCCUUGGAUAUCCGGCUCGGCCAUCAGUCAUUGCUCUGCCAUUUGUUGCGCCUCCUUCGUCUCCUGCUUCAUUUCUGCAGUCGGAGCCUCAUUCUGCAAUGCAAUCACCCGUCGGUUUGCUGUCUUUUAGCCCUAUCCCGAGCAAUGUCUAUUAUUCGCCUUGCAACCAUCCUUCUGUAUUCGCCAUUGGCCCUUACGCUCACGAAACCCAACUGGUUUCUCCACCGGCUUUCUCUACUUACAAUACCGAGCCUUCCACCGCACCUAUCACCCCUCCACCCGAGUCUAUCCACUUGACCACUCCCUCCUCACCCGAGGUACCAUUUGCUCAGCUCUUCAACCAGAGGAUUCCGGCCUCCAACAACUAUGAGUUCCAGUUCUACCAGCUUCCUCCCGGUAGCCCGCUCGGUCAGCUAAUUUCUCCGAGCUCAGUGGUAUCGGGUUCUGGCCCUGCUUCUCCUUUCACUGAUGGUGAAAUGGCCAUAGGAAACCCUCGGUUCCCUCAGUUUCCGAUCUGUGAGCCCCCAAAGCUCUUGAGCCCCGGGAAACUCUCCAGCCUCCACGUUCCCGAGACCCAUACAAUUCACACUAAAGGGCAUCAUCAUCAUGAGCCAAACCAUCGGGUUUCGAGUGAAGAAGGCGCUUCACAUGAUCGAAAUGCAGAGCAUGUCAUAAGAUGUGUGGAGCAGAAGCUACGAACGACGUUUCCUGAAGCAUCGCAACACCCAUCUGGAGAAGCAGAAAGCGAAGAAAGGGAUCGAACCGAGCAUCUUCAUCAUCAUCAGUCGGCCUCGCUUGGAUCCGUCAAGGAAUUCAAUUUCAGGACAGAAGAGAAACAGACGAUGAUCACAGACGAAGACGGAAUCCAGAAGAACAACUGGUCAUUCUUCCCGGUCAUUCAGCAGCCAGGUACUAUUAGCUAACUGCCCUACAAAGAUUUGGCUUCUUUCCGACAGAAUCUGAACUGAAAAAAGAGAGGAGGAUUCGGACACAAGUACAAAAAGAUGCUGUUCCCGCGUGUUCGGAGUUCUUCAAGAAGCGAAAGGCCACGUAAGAUUUGUCUGAUUUACAAAUGUAUGGUGUGUCUCAUCAUAGGUUAGAAGAUUCGAUCAAUAGCAGAAAGCACUUCUCCUCUUUGUUGCAUUUUUAGUUCAUAUAUACACACACAUAAUGAUAGGUUGGUAUGGUAGUUGUGUACAUGUGGUUUUCCAUAAUUAGUUUUUGUUAUGUAUGUAUGUAUAUACACAUUAAAAUUAAGGGGUUUUUUGGGCCUUUUAAGGGGCUUAAACCAACA